UGGGUGAUAUGCGGUCGGCCGUGAUUGUAAUUAUCUGCUUCUUAUAAUGAAUGCCACGUUUGUAUAAGUCAAGUCGACAUCUUUGUGUGUUUGAUUAAAAGUAGACUGAAAUUCGACUCAAAAUGAAAUGACGGUUCCGUUCUUUGUCCGUUACUGAAUCAACCAACUACCUCCCUUGUGAUUGACGCGUUACUUUCUUUUUCGCAUAACAACUACUCCAAUUCUGUUGUGAGAAACCCUAGAUAUUUCUUUUUACGGUCUAUGGAAGUGGUUUCAGCUACUGUAGAGGAGAGGAUCAACUUAUCUGGAGGUAUGGAUCCAUCUCCCUCCCGAUUAUCAUCUUCUGAUUUAGCCUCUGAAUCACCUUCUCCCGCCAAUAUUCCAUGCACCGCCGCGGAUUCACCUGAUCGCCACAAUCAGUUUAGUUCCUCGCCAAACCCAAAUAAAGACUCUGAAAUUCAGAAAAAGCAGAUAUUUUAUGAAAAUUGUGGACUCAUGUAUGGCACUUAUGCUUUUGUCUAUUGCAGUCUUCAUUGGCGUUAAGAAGUGAAGAGUAUCGGCAAUUGUUUCGUCUUCCACCUAACGAAGUUCUUGUUCAAGAUUUCAAUUGUGCAUUCCAAGAGAGCAUUCUUCUUCAGGGGCAUAUGUACCUGUUUGUCCAUUAUAUAUGCUUCUAUUCCAACAUAUUUGGAUUUGAGACAAAGAAAGUUAUCCCAUUCCAUGAAAUUACAAUUGUAAGACGAGCAAAGACAGCUGGGAUCUUUCCUAAUGCUAUAGAAAUUCUUGCUGGGGAGAGAAAGUAUUUCUUUGCAUCAUUUUUGUCACGGGAUGAAGCUUUCAAGCUCAUUAAUGAUGGAUGGGUACAACAUGGGAAUGGUUCACAAGGAAUCUCUGAGCAGCAGGAUUUAUCAUCUGAAACUAGUAGCCCAGAGAAUGGACCUGUUGUAAUUGAGAAGGUCAAUAGCUCUAAUCAUCAUAUUAAUAAGCAGAUUUCUAUCAGAAGGGAUGAGGAUGUUUCAGAUGAUUCCAAGCAAAUAUCUGAUGUUGAAAAUGAUCUAUCAACAACACAAUUGGAAAAACACGAUGACAAUGUGGAGCAAGAUGCUGAACCAGUUGUAAAUGUUGACGCUUCAUCUUCAACAAAGACUUUGUAUUGGAAGAUAGAGAAUUAUGAUGCACCUAAGAUACCAGAAUGUUUUACCAAGGUUGCUGAAACCAAGUUUCUGAUGAAGGUAGAGGAGUUCUUUUAUUUGUUUUUUUCGGAUGACGCUGUUAACUUUACUGAAUCUUUUCAUAGAAAAUGUGGAGAUAAAGAAUUUCGGUGCGCAUCAUGGAAACCACAUGAUGAAUUUGGGCAUGCCCGUGAUGUUUCAUUUCAACAUCCUAUAAAGAUAUACUUUGGUCCUAAAUUUGGCAGCUGCGCGGAGAUUCAGAAAUUUCGAGUUUACAAAAACAGUCACUUGGUUAUUGCGACAUCACAAGAAAUCAAUGAUGUACCUUAUGGAGAUUAUUUUUGUGUAGAGGGGCUUUGGGAUGUAGAAAGAUAUGGAAAUGAAUCGAAAGAAGGCUGCAUUUUGCGAGUUUAUGUAAAUGUGGCAUUUUCGAAGAAAACUGUUUGGAAAGGAAAAAUAGUGCAGUCUACUCUGGAAGAAUGUCGAGAAGCUUAUGAAGCAUGGAUAGGCAUGGCACAUGAUUUGUUGAAGCAGAAGAACCUUGAAAAACAGGAAGAUGUUGGUCCUACUGAUAGCAGUAUUCUGAAUGGUGAUGCCUAUUCUGAAAGGGAAGUGAAAACUGGGCAAUCCUUGGAAAGGUUAAGCAAUAUCAAUGACCAAAUACAGACAGUACCAACGUCAUAUGCCAUAGAUACUAACCAGCAAGUGGGCAAUCUCUUGCAAGGAAGCUGGAUUGGCGCUACUGCCGUGACAUCUUUGUUAAGAGAAUCAAUGACAAAAUUCUGUGCAUUUCUGAGGAGGCAAAACCCUGUUUCAUUGAUCUUAGUCAUUGCUUUUGCUGUGAUCAUCCUGAUGCAGGUGAGCAUAGUUGUGCUAUUAAAUAGACCCCAAUAUAUUCAUGUGGCAUCUCCAUCAGAAUAUCUGGGUGUUAUGGGUGGUGGUUGGAGAGGAGAAAGAUCAGCUGAAACCACAGCCUGGUUGGAAAAACGGAUGCACCAUCUUAAGGAUGAGAUGCUUAUGGUUGAGGCUUGGCUGGAGAGGAUGGGGCGUGAAUAUGCAUUUUUGAAAGCUCAAUUUAAAGACCUCGGGCAUCUUCAUAGGUAGUAGUCAAUAACUGUUUCUUGUUACAGAACAAGGAAAAAAAAUUCUAUAUUGUAUAUUUUUGUAGUUCUAUACCGUGCGUGUAUAUGUGUAAUUUAUAUGUUUGGUUCAUUACUACGAAACAAAUUUUGAUCAUACUAGUGGGUCAAUUGGGUGUUUACUUUCGUGAAUAAAAAAAAAAAAAAUUGGGAAAAACAA